UAGGUAGUUUCCACUUUAACCUGUGCGCGCUCCCGCGAGGGACGGGUGGGGCUCGGUUCGUCACUAGACUUUAACAAAGUCCCGGAGCAGGAGAGAGGUGUUAAUCGAGGAUCUGGUGAAGAUGUGACGGUUUCUGCGGUCAGAACGAGCUGUGUUACGGGUUCACUUCUUGGACCAGACAAGAUGAAUGGUUUGGAGGAAGAGGAGGACAGAGCAGUCUCUCCAGGAUCCAUCUGUCUGUCUUUGAAGAGUGACUGGUCCAAACAUGAACCUCCUAUAAAGUUCAGUAAUGAACCUGGACCCUCAGACACAAAACAGAGAGCAGAGUCUCCAGGAUCCAUCUGUCUGUCUUUGAAGAGUGACUGGUCCAAACAUGAACCUCCUAUAAAGUUCAGUGAUGGACCUGGACCCUCAGACACACAGCGGAGAGCAGGGUCUCCAGGAUCCAUCUGUCGGUCUUUGAAGAGUGACUGGUCCAAACAUGAACCUCCUAUAAAGUUCAGUAAUGAACCUGGACCCUCAGACACAAAAUGGAGAGCAGAGUCUCCAGGAUCCAUCUGUCUGUCUUUGAAGAGUGACUGGUCCAAACAUGAACCUCCUAUAAAGUUCAGUAAGGAACCUGGACCCUCAGCCACAAAAGAGAAGAAGAGGAGUGAUAUUUGUGUGGAGGAGCAGCUGUCCUGCAAUGCUUUGAAUCAGGAUGUCCUGAAGGAUCCUAAAAGAUCCCAUCUCCAGAGUCUGAGGACACUGGUCACUUCACUCUUGACCCCGUCUGGUUCAUCAGGAGACAACUCCUGUUUCCAGUUUGGACAAAGAUCCAGAACAAGACCUGGGGUGCAGACAGCCAGUCAGACCAGCACUGUGCAAACAGAUAGUGGUCUGCAGGAGGUUUUAGAUGAACAUAAGAUCAGUCUGAAGAGGAGAUGUGAACAUGUGACUGAAGGAACUGAUGGAACAGGAAGUAGAACCCUCCUCAACAGGAUCUACACUGAUCUCUACAUCACAGAGGGACAGAGUGAAGAGGUUUAUACCCAACAUGAGGUGUGGCAGCUUGAGACCGCUUCCAAGAUGAAGACCCUCCAUGACACUCCAAUCAGGUGCCAGGACAUCUUUAAAGCCUUACCUGACCAACAGAGACACACCAGAGUGGUUCUGACCAACGGCGUCGCUGGUGUUGGAAAAACCGUCUCAGUGCAGAAGUUCACUCUGGACUGGGCAGAGGGCUUGGAAAACCAAGGCGUCAGUCUGCUGGUUCUGCUUUCGUUCAGGGAGCUGAACCUGAUCAGAGAUGAGCAGUACAGUCUUCUCACGCUGCUCCAUGUUUUCCAUCCAACAUUACAGAAGGUCACAGCAGAGAAGCUGGCUCUCUGUAAAGUUCUGUUCAUCUUUGACGGCCUGGAUGAAAGCAGACUUUCACUGGAUUUCAACAACAAGAAGGUUGUGUCUGACGUCACACAGAAGUCAUCAGUCAACGAGCUGCUGACAAAUCUCAUCCGGGGGAAUCUGCUGCCCUCAGCUCUCAUCUGGAUAACUUCCCGACCUGCAGCGGCCAAUCAGAUCCCUCCUUCAUGUGUUAACAGGGUAACAGAAGUACGAGGCUUCACUGACCCACAGAAGGAGGAGUACUUCAGGAGGCGAACCAAUGAUGAAAAGCUGUCCAACAGAAUCAUCUCACACAUCAAGACCUCCAGGAGCCUCCACAUAAUGUGUCGAAUCCCAGUCUUCUGCUGGAUCACUGCUACAGUUCUGGAGCACAUGUUGACUACUGGACAGAGAGGAGAGCUGCCCAAGACCAUGACUGACCUGUACUCAUACUUUCUGCUGGUUCAGACAAAGAGGAAGAAGAACAAGUAUGACGAGGGACAUAAGGAAAAGAAGAGGAAAAACAAGGAUAAGAGUCCACUGGAGCUGACUGAGGCUGACAGGAAAGUUCUUCUGAAGCUGGGGAAACUGGCCUUUGACCAUCUGGAGAAAGGAAACAUCAUGUUCUACCAGGAAGACCUGAAGCGGUGUGGUCUUGAUGUCACAGAUGCCUCGGUGUACUCAGGAGUUUGUACAGAGAUCUUCAGAAGAGAGAGUGUGAUCUUCCAGAAACCAGUCUACUGCUUUAUUCAUCUGAGCAUUCAGGAGUUUCUGGCUGCAGUCUACAUGUUCCACUGUUUCACCAACAGGAAGACACAGGUACUGAAGAAGUUCCUGGGAAAAGACUUCACAGACAGGAAUUCAAACCAAAAGUCUUUGCACAAGAGGAUGUUGAGGAUCUUUGGAAAAGAUGAUCACAGUGGCCCAUCUCUGGAUGUCUUCCUGAGCAGAGUCAUGGAGAAAUCCCUCAAAAGUAAAAAUGGCCACCUGGACCUGUUUCUUCGCUUCCUUCAUGGCCUCUCUCUGGAGUCCAACCAGAGACUCUUAGGAGGCCUGCUGGGUCAGACAGAGAACAGUCCAGAAAUCAUCCAGACAGCCAUCAACAACCUGAAGAAGAUGAACAGUGAUUUUAUCUCUCCUGACAGAAGCAUCAACAUCUUCCACUGUCUGAUGGAGAUGAAUGACCACUCAGUUCAUCAGGAGAUCCAAGAGUUCCUGAAGUCAGAGAACAGAUCAGAGAAGAAACUCUCUGAGAUCCACUGCUCAGCUCUGGCCUACAUGCUGCAGAUGUCAGAGGAGGUUCUGGAUGACUUGGACCUGAAGAAAUACAACACAUCAGAGGAGGGGCAACGGAAACUCAUCCCAGCUGUGAGGAACUGCAGGAAGGCUCGACUCGGUGAUUGUGGACUCUUAGAUACUCACUGGGAAGUCGUGGCCUCAGCUCUGAAGUCCAACCCCUCCCAUCUGACAGAACUGGACCUGAGUAACAACAGCCUGAAGGAUUCAUCAGUAGAGCUGGUUUCUGCUGGACUGGAGAGUCCACAAUGUAUACUGGAGACACUAAGGUUGAGGAACUGCAGGUUGUCAGAGAUCAGCUGUUCUUCUCUGGCCUCAGCUCUGAAGUCCAACCCCUCCCAUCUGAGAGAACUGGACCUGAGUGAAAACAGGGACCUGAAGGAUUCAGGAGUGAAGGAGCUGUGUGGUUUUCUGCAGGGUCCAGACUGUAAACUGGAGAGUCUGAAGUUGGAGCGCUGCAGUUUGUCAGAGAUCAGCUGUUCUUCUCUGGUCUCAGUUCUGAAGUCCAACCCCUCCCAUCUCAGAGAACUGGACCUGAGUGAAAAUGACCUGUAUGAUUCAGGAGUGAAGGAGCUGUGUGGUUUUCUGCUGAGUCCAGACUGUAGACUGAAGACUCUGAGGUUGAGUCUCUGCAGGUUGUCAGAGAUCAGCUGUUCUUCUCUGGUCUCAGCUCUGAAGUCCAACCCCUCCCAUCUAAGAGAACUGGACCUGAGUAACAACUACCUGUAUGAUUCAGGAGUGAAGGAGCUGUGUAGUUUUCUGCUGAGUCCAGACUGUAGAUUGGAAACUCUUAGGUUGAGGUCCUGCAGUUUGUCAGAAAUCAGCUGUUCUUCUCUGGUCUCAGCUCUGAAGUCCAACCCCUCCUAUUUGAGAGAACUGGACGUGAGUGACAACUACCUAAAGGAUUCAGACCUGAAGGAGCUGUUUGAUCUUGUGAAGAGUGCGGACUGUAGACUGGAGACUCUGAGAUUGAAGGCCGACAGGUUGUCAAAGAUCAAAUGUGCUCCUCUGGCUUUAGCUCUAACAUCCAACCCUUCCCAUCUGAGCAAACUGGAGCUGAGUAACAACAAUUUGCAGGAUUCAGACGUGAAGCAACUGUGUGGUUUACUGAGGAGUCCAGACUGUAGACUGGAGACUCUGAGGUUGAGUCUCUGCAGGAUGUCAGAGAUCAGCUGUUCUUCUCUGGUCUCAGCUCUGAAGUCCAACCCCUCCCAUCUGAGAGAACUGGACCUGAGUAACAACCAAAUGAAGGAUUCAGUAGUGAAGGAGCUAUGUGGUCUUCUGCAGAGUCCAGACUGUAGACUGGAGUCUCUGAGGUUGUAUGACUGCAGGUUGUCAGAGAUCAGCUGUUCUUCUCUGGCCUCAGCUCUGAAGUCCAACCCCUCCCAUCUGAGAAAACUGGACCUAAGUGAAAACUGGAACCUGCAUGAUUCAGGAUUGAAGGAGCUGUGUGGUUUUCUGCAGAGUCCAGACUGUAGACUGGAGACUCUGAGAUUGAAGCUCUGCAGGUUGUCAGAGAUCAGCUGUUCUUCUCUGGUCUCAGCUCUGAAGUCCAACCCCUCCCAUCUCAGAGAACUGGACCUGAGCUACAACAACCUGCAGGAUUCAGGAAUGAAGGAGCUGUGUGGUUUUCUGCAGAGUCCAGACUGUGGACUGGAGACUCUGAGAUUGAUGGACUGCAGGCUGACAAAAAUCAGCUGUUAUUCUCUGGUCUCAGCUCUGAAGUCCAACCCCUCCCAUCUCAGAGAACUGGACCUAAGUCACUACAACCUGCAGGAUUCAGGAAUGAAAGAGCUGUGUGGUUUUCUGCAGAGUCCAGACUGUAGACUGGAGACUCUGAGGUUGAAAUGGUGCAGGUUAUCAGAGAUCAGCUGUUCUUCUCUGGUCUCAGCUCUGAAGUCCAACUCCUCCCAUCUCAAAGAACUGGACCUGAGUUACAACAACCUGUAUGAUUCAGGAGUGAUGGAGCUGUGUGGUUUUCUGCAGAGUCCAGACUGUAGACUGGAGAGACUGAGGUUGAGUGGCUGCAGGUUGUCAGAGAUCAGCUGUUCUUCUCUGGUCUCAGCUGUGAAGUCCAACCCCUCCCAUCUGAGAGAACUGGACCUGAGCUGGAACUACCUUUAUGAUUCAGGACUGAAAGAGCUGUGUGGUUUUCUGCAGAGUCCAGAUUGUAGACUGGAGACUCUGAGAUUGAUGGACUGCAGUUUUUCAGAGAUCAGCUGUUCUUCUCUGGUCUCAGCUCUGAAGUCCAACCCCUCCCAUCUCAGAGAACUGGACCUCAGUAGAAACAACCUGCUGGAUUCAGGAGUGAAGGAGCUGUGUGGUUUUCUGCUGAGUCCAGACUGUGGACUGGAGACUCUGAGGUUGAAAUGGUGCAGGUUGUCAGAGAUCAGCUGUUCUUCUCUGGUCUCAGCUCUGAAGUCCAACCCCUCCCAUCUGAGUGAACUGGACCUGAGUAACAACGACCUGCAGGAUUCAGACCUGAAGGAGCUGUGUGAUCUUGUGGAGAGUCCAGACUGUAGACUGGAGACUGUGAGGUGGGAGUGAUGAUCUUUGUAAGGGUGAGCGGCUGUGACUGGGAGGUAGAGUAGGUGUUCUGUUGUGGUGUUUUUACAGCAGAAUUGUAAUCAACUGUACAUCCAGAUAUAUCUUUAUUUUAACGCUAAAAAUGCACAGUGAAGGUAGCGGUCGUGUUCCAGGCCCUUUCUGGCUGGAUGGAAACAUAAGAACCUCCAGCAAUCAGAGGUUGAGUGUAGCUUUAGGUAAAACCCAGGGCUGAAAAAGCCCACAGAGCUCUGGCUGCUGCCUGGAAAGGUUGUUGCUGCAGAUGUUCAGUACUAAAGACAAACUCAAAUGAGUGUCACAGUCACUGAAAUGGUCUUCUGUCAUUAAUUCUGUGCUUCUGUGUAACCAGAUGUUUAAUGUUAAAUGAUGUUAAAAUGUAUGUAAAAUGCAAAGUAAAGUAUAAUUUCCUAUCUGA